GAUGUAGAUCAGACUGAUGUUGCCGGGGUAGAUGAUGUUGUUGUAGAUCAGAGUGAUGUGGCUCCAAUAGAAGAUGCUGUUGAAGAUCAAAAUGCUGUUGCUCCGGUAGAUGAUUCUGUUUCCAAUAAUAUUUAUUCUGUUGAAGACAAUGAAAUCCCAGAAACCGGUUCUGGAGUUCUCGUGCAAUGCCCUGGAGGAGAUUUAGAUUGAUGUCUUUCCAGGUUCGUGAGUAUUUUGAUUCUUUUGUCGCUGAGCACCCAAACGGAAAGAUGAAAAAGAAGGAUUUCCGUGAUAUGAUGUCAAAGGCUCUUCCUGAAAAAGAUGCAAGCAAGAUGGAGCCUCACAUAUUCAGGAUUUUUGAUUCGAACAACGAUGGUUUCAUCGAUUUCGUCGAGUUCAUAGUCGUCUUCUACAUUUUGUCCGAUGGAUCCCCAUACGAGGUCCUGGAGAAAAUUUUCAGAGUGUUUGAUGUUAACUGGAAUAUUGCUCGAAUGGGCGGAAAUGGAGCAGAGGAUAUGCAACUCGAAGUAUGACAAAUCCAAAGGCAAAUAGGCUAGGAAACACUCUAUUCUUCAUGCUUACAUAAAUGAGAACUUCUUCUUGAAAAAAUAUAAUUCAGUAACGAG